AUGGUCCGUCUGUUCGGACGCGUUUCCGAUGACUUGGACGAUGAAGAGGACGAAUUAAAUGAAAGUCUGAAUCAUGAAGCUCACCCUGUCGCCUCUGAGGAGAAAAUCAAUCACGCCGCCAACACAAACGGAGCAAGUGUGGUUCACACAGAAAGUGACCGGGUUUCGGACAAUGCGGCAGCAUCGCUUCAUGCAACCAGCACUAAGGCUUCUCCGGACCAGCAAUCUCUACACGUUAACCGAACUGCAACUGGCCGUGUCCACACUGUAUCCGAAGCACCUAGCAGUGGGUUGGACGAGCAUUCAUCCGCACCCUCGGCGGACAUUGAUUCUUCUCAAUUAGUACCGAACCUGAAAGGCGCGUCUAUUCCGAGCCAAAUACUCCAUACCACCGAACCUAUACAGGCCGGAAAGGAUGCCGUAAAGCCCUAUAGUGACCAAAUGCCACGAACUGACAAGCCCAAGUUUUCGUCAGCCUCGGAUAGUUCGGGUGAUACCUGUCAUACAGAUCUGUCAAAUUCUUGUUUUACGAGAGGUUCUUCUGGUGAAGCUACCGCCAACAUAGCGGACGGGAGGAUCAGGCGACGUAUUGAACCCAUCUAUCCAGCGGAUGACUCGCAACUACCUGCCACGUUUCCUCCCAGUUCCACUAUUCACGCUACAAUUGUCCCACUCAGAUUCUCUGAUAGGUUUCCAGUCAACGGUCGCACGUCAUUAGGUGGAUCCAAUGUGGUCAUCUCCUUUCUUACCAGAGUUCGAGAUUUCUUCCUUGAUAUAUUCGGCUCCUCAAUUCAUUUGACUACGGGCAAAACUGACACUCGAGAGUACAACCUUUCCGCUAUCGACCUAUGUCCUCGCCAUCUUUCCGCCAUCGGUGCCUUACUCUCGUACGGACUACUCAGCCACCCUGACACCACGAGUUCACUGGAUCUCAUGAUUACUUUGUCUGAACGGCAGCUCCGUGGAUUGCGAUCUCUCGACCAGUGCUUUCGUUUGCUUGACCAGAGGACUUACGUAUUCAACUCAGACCAUUUGAAUCCACAGAUCGCAGUCCACCAUCGCGUCUUAGUGUUACUGAAAAAUGCCGAAGAUCCAGUGAUGGCAAAUUGUAACACAGCCACACAGUUACUAAACAUGGUAUUCGCCCCAAACAAUGACUCGUCUUCCCACCGAAACAGCCAAGAAACUGCGAAGUACAACAUUCUCCAGCUCUUUCUGGCAUACCAAUAUCGCAUUCAGUUACACCGAUCCCUUGCUAAUGUCAGUUAUCAUCGGGCGCCUAUCUCCCCCACAGCGCAUGUGCUGUACCCAUGGUGGAUCUCCGGGGGCGAUCGUGAGCUUGUCCCGCACAUUCAGUCCACGUGUCCCAAAUUGCCAGACUUUCUCUCACAUCUAAUGCACCUCCCCACUGUGGAUCCGCCUGUGUCCCCUACUCCGGGUUCUACUUGUUGCUCGAACACAUCAUCUACUAUUGUUCCGCGCGAGCCCGUUGCUUCGCAUCAGCGCUCAUCCAACACCGUGAUGCGAGAGCAAAUUGUUGUCCCCGCAGCACUUGCUGGUUCCCGUAAAGAUACUGCACUCAUGCGGUUAAACAAUCGUGUUCGCUUACUCGAGCGCAACGUAUUUUCCACAUUUUUUCGCUAA